UUCAUUCUCACCGGGGCACCGUUUACACCCCUGAAACCGCGGCCCUCGUAGGCGAGCUGCCUUCCAAACAGCCUCCGACCCCGAACUCGUUUCGAUCCGUGUUCAAGGCUGCGGUGCUGGCUCUGGGCUCCGGGUGAAAGACUCGGUUUCCCAGGCUGCCCCGGGUUUCCCUCCCCAUCCCGCGCCUUCCCUCGUCCCUCUGCAGUCCCAGAGCAGCCUCGGUGUUGCUGUUGCGAUAAUGAUGGCGGCGGCGGGAUCCGGAUCGGCGGCACCUGCGGCCGGGGGAGGGUUGAGCACCGCGGCGGUGGCCCGGGGCCGCUUCCCCGGUCGGCCGUGGUGCUCCCGGAGUCUGUUGCGUUCAGAGAAGCGCUCCCAGGUCGGCAGGCGCUUGGUUGAUCACGGGGAGACUUCUGCGGGAGGCGCCAGGCCUUGCAGCCUCGGGUUUGCGCCAAAUGAAGACCUGUCUUUGAUCCGGCUGCUCGGGCUAGCGGCGAACCACUGCCGCCUCCGACAGGCCGGGUACAGCUCCAGCGGCAGCGAGGAGGUAAGGAGCCGCUCUUCGUUCAGUGAGGAAAAGGAAGAGACGCGCCGAGAGGGAGAUGAUUUCCCAGGCUUUGGCUCAGGCGAGGUUAUCAGGAGUCCCCUGCGUUCUGGGCAUCGCUAUCACAGAAGUAACUGGGAGGGGGCGAGAGGCAAAGCUCCAAAAACAUCAGCCUCAGUGGACAACUUCUCGAAACAGUCCCGUGAAAAACCUCCGCCCCCCGCACCCGACCCAGGAGAGGCGAGGACGGCGUCCGCCAGUAAAAUUUCCAUAAAGGUUUAUUCUGGGACUCUGAAAAAGGGGGGGCGCGUUCCCCCGUCCCCGAAACAGAAAACUGCGGUUUCAAAGCCGCAGAAUAAAGGAAGGACUGGUCUGAAAGGGGAGAGGGCUGCCAGCCUGCCUCCGAAGGCAACAAAAAAGGGGGCUCCUUCCAGAGCAAGUCAGAAGGACAAGCCCAGCUCCUCGAGGGCCAAUGCAGCCUCUGGGAGAAGCCCUGCGAAGCCCCCGAUCACAAUCAAACUCACGGGCAGGAAGAGCAGCAGGAGAGCAGCUGCUGCUGCUGCUGCUGCUGGCAAGAAGCCCAUGAAGAAGCUGAAGGUGGUGGCGUUCAAGUAUGUGUCCAAGGCCAAGAAGCUCACAAGCAAGCAGCUCCCCAGAGCUGACGUCAAGUUAAAGAAAGGCAAGAACUCUGCCGACGGGGGGCUGGAGCCCGAGAAAAGCAAGCGGACGCGAUGGCAGGGGCCUCCUGCCCAGGAGGUGAGAACGGAGGGCAGAAAGGCGAAAGCAAAAUCCGACGGGACAAAGACCAAGCCGGAAGCGAAGAGGGAGAGGGAACGAGCCGCAAAGGCUGCCGGCGCGGAGCUGCAGAGCACCGGGGAAGCAAGAGAGGGCGGGUUAGCCGACCUUCAGGGAGGGCCUUCUGACGGUCCAGCCGUCGUCGUCCCGAACGCCGGUAAGGUCAAGAGGAAUCUGAAGAUCGGUAAGAUUCUGGGGCUGAAACUGAAAAGAGUGCGGAACCCGGAGGAGCCCGGCCAGGACAGCUCUGCCCCGCAGGCUGCCGCAGCGCCUUCCUCUGACAGCACCUCCUCCUCCUCCUCGAAACGAAAGCAAAACAAGUACGUUUGGACGUUGACUUUGGUGAAAGGGAAAGGGAAGGCGACCAAGGUGCCACGUUCUGCAGGGCUUAAGAAGAAAAAGACGACGACGAAGACCCCAGAGGCGACAGAGGCAGAGGCAGAUGGAGAGCCGGAGGAGGACCCAGGCGUCGAGGGAGACCGAGGAGGGGUCGUCAAGAGCAAGCCGGUAGGGCUAGCUGAAGAUACAGCAGAGAGGAAACGAGGCACACGGCAGCAGUCUUUGAGGAGGGGGAGUAGGAGAGGCAAGUUAACUGAGGAGGAGGAGGAAGAGGAGGAGGAGGAGGAGGAGGUGGCAGGAGAGUCGACCCCAGACGCAGAAGCCCCUGACCCAGCCCUAGCUGACCCAGAGAUUGUCGAGAAGCCCCUAGAGCCCCUGGUCUCCUCUCGGAAGAAGCGAGCCACCAGGCGACUGUCGUUAUCAGUCAGGCGGAAAGCAAAGGCCCGGGGGUCCAAAGUUGAACCCGCGGUUGGGAGGGACGCAAAGACCGUCUUGGAACCGGAACCGUCGGCAGAGUCGGACGUGCCUCGGGGACCCACCGCUGUCGGGAAGAAACGGCCCCGGCGCCCGAGGUCCACCGGCAGGGCGAAGGCGAGGCCACAGCAGGCGGGUUCGGGACUGGAAAUCCCCUCCGUUCCUGCGCUCUCGUCCCCAGAGCUGCUUGACCCGGCGGUCGCGGAGAGUCCUGUCGGAGCUGCGCCUACGCUGUCUCCAAAGCAAAGGCGGAAAAGAUCAGCGGCGCCAACCAAGUCCGGGGAUGCUGAACCUAAACUCGAACCCGAACCCGAUCCGGCGGACCGUGGUGCCGAAGGCCCCGAGGUGCAGGCCCGCUCCACAGACCUGAUCCUGGUCUUGGACCCCCCUGUUUCCGAAACUCUGUCGGAAUCGGCUGUGCGAAGUUACGCGAGAAAGCCGUGCAGGAGACGAAGGCCGGCCGCCAGACGGAGAAGGAAAGCUGAGGUCCGCUUGCCCAGGGCUCCAGGUGAAGAGGCUGCGUCUUCGGCCCCGCUGGCUAGACAGAGGCUGGCAGGCGUGGUGAAAGCCAAAUACAUGCGGAAGCUGCCCACCCCCUUCCUGCCUGCCAAAAGACCAAGGGGGAGACCUCCGUCCCUGACCAAGCGGACUCAGAGGGAGCUAGCCCAGCAGCUGCUCUCCAACGCAGAGAAAGGCGGCGACGGCGGCAGCCAGCAUCCCGCCUCCAAGGACCUCCAGCGGGGGAAGUCGAAAUUCCUGAAGAACAUCCGCCACUUCAUCAUGCCCGUGGUGAGCGCUCGCUCCUCCAGGGUCAUCAAGACCCCUAAGAGGUUCAUGGACGACGACGGGAUGUCUGUCCUGCCCCGGAAGAGCUCCCCCAAGAAGCCCCACGGCCGGACCGCCCGAGAGGCGAGUAAAGAAGCAGACGAAGGAGACAAGGAAGAAGACGAUGAUUACCAGUAUCCUGAACACUUCUCCCCGGAGAUGAAUCUGUCUCCCAGGGAACAGGAAGCCUUUGACUUGUGCGACCUCCGAGCUGCUGGAGAGGCUCGGGGGCGAGCGGGUUUGGAUUCCAGGCUUGCAUCUGACACUGCUGCCUCGCCGGCAUUGCCGUGCAAGCGCAGAUCGGCGCUCAGGGAGCCCACCUUCAGGUGGAGCAACUUUGAAAACUCGGCGGGAGAGGUCUUCUCCUUGGUCGGGAAGCAGGCUUUCGACGACUCCCUCAAUCUCCCGGAAGUAAUUCUGGCUUCUCCCGGCCCGGAACAGGCUGUGUCGGCCCAGCUGUCCCACCGCGAAACCCACCUGAAGAUCUACGAGUCUCUGAAGAAGCUCACCGUCCGGGCGGGCAGGAGAGCCAAGGUGAAGGUGAAGGAGGAGGAGGAGGAGGAGGAGGAGGAGGAGGAGGAGGAGGAGGAGAGGCCAGAGAGUUCCCCUGCUCCGAAUUCGGAAGCUGCUCCUUUAGACCGGGACAAGGACCCCGAACCGGGGCACCUGACCCUCUCCCUUCCAGCUUCUGACGGCCAGCUCCAGGAGAGCCCGGAGGAGGACCUCCCGGAGAAAGAGAAGCUGAAGAUCGAGGACAUGGACUCACCCGGGGUGGUGCGGAAAGUGGCCGUGCGGCUCCGCUCUCCGGGCUCCGAGCUGCUGCUGGGAGAGGGCUCGGACGAGGCCGUCGAGGAAGCCGACCAGAGCACGGGAAGUGACCGGGUGGAGGUGGAGGAAAGGGGCACCUCUCACAAGAUCCGGCUCACCGGAGCCAACAAGAGGAUGUUUCACCUGCUCAAGAGGGCCAAGGUUCAGCUCAUCAAGAUUGACCAGCAGAAGCAGCUGAAGUCCACACAGUUCCUGUCGGGGAUUCUGAGCGCCGGUUCCAAGGAGCCUCCCAGCUCUGUGAAGAGGAGGAAGGUCAUGAGGAAGAAGGUGGCUCGGCUGGAGAGCCCCCCGCAGGAGGAGAGCGCCCCUCAGGAGCCGUUGGCUCCAGCAGGACCCCGGAUCAAGCACGUGUGUCGAGACGCAGCGGUGGUCCUGGGGCAGCCGCGGGCGAUGGUCCCCGACGACGUCCCUCGACUCAGCGCCCUGCCACUGCACGAGAGGGACGGCAUCGCAGCCUCGCCCCGCGCAGAGGACACGGCCUCUGCCUCCGAGCCCGAGGCUGCUCCCCCCCCGGACCCGCGCCCUGUCAAGAUGAAGAGAUCCUCCGGCGGCCGCUGCUUCCAGUAUGGGAAGAGGAACGUGCGCUGCGGGACUUGCAAGGGCUGCCUGCACCAGCUGGACUGCGGAGAGUGCGUCAACUGCCUGGACAAGCCCAAAUUCGGGGGUCCCAACACCAAGCGACAGUGCUGCGUGUUUAAAAAGUGUGACGAGAUUGAAGAGAGGAAACAAAUGCGUCUGGGCUACAGGAACAACAGAAGUGAGGGGAUUGUGAGACGCAGACUCCGAGCUGGUCUCCCGCUAAAGCGUCGGCGGUCGUCGGCGAGCGCGUGCCCCACGAGCGACGACGACGAGGAGGCCGGCGUGGCGGCGGAGCUGAGGAUGCCCGACUCCCGCAGCCCCUCCCUGAGGACCCAGCCGCGCCGCUGUGCGAAGCAGCGCUCGUACUGCAGCCUGCUGGAGUCGGACGACUCGGAGCUGGAGAUGCUGCUGGCAGCCUCCCACUCCACCUCCCCCGGCCGCAGGAGAGCCAGCGGACACAGAGGAGACUUUGCUUCCUUGGACGGCAGCGGGAGGGGCGGGGACUCUGAGGAGAGCGGCAGUCGGCUUCGCAGAGUGAACGUGCCCAGGAAUCUGCAGGGGAGACGGAGAACUGACAAGAGUCAGCUGGACCAGACUCCUCCCAGUGUGCUUGCUGCUCUGGUCAAUGGCUUCGCUCGAAGAGAGAAGGAGCCCUCUAGCCCGGUGCACAAGAUCAGGGUCGACUUCAAGGAGGACUGUAACCUCAGGAACACGUGGCUGAUGGGAGGGCUCAGCAUCCUGGCUUCAGUGCCUGUGAUGCCCCAGUACGCCUGCCUGCUGUGUGCCAGCAAGGGCCAGCACGAGCUGCUGCACUGCCAGGUCUGCUGUGAGCCUUUCCACCGCUUCUGCCUGGACCCCGGGGAGCGCCCCCUGGAGGACAACGAGGAGAACUGGUGCUGCCGGCGCUGCAAGUUCUGUCACGUCUGCGGCAGGAAGAGCAAGCAUUCCAAGCCCCUUCUGGAGUGCGAGCGAUGCCAGAACUCGUACCAUCCUGCCUGCCUGGGACCCAACUACCCUAAACCCAACAAGAGGAAGAAAUCGUGGGUGUGCAUGACGUGCAUUCGCUGCAAGAGCUGCGGAGUGACCCCUGGGAAGAGCUGGGACUCGGAGUGGAACCACGACACCAGCCUGUGCCCUGACUGCACCAAGCUCUACGAGCAAGGUAACUACUGCACCAUCUGUUCCAAGUGCUACGAGGACAACGACUACGAGACUCAGAUGAUCCAGUGUGCCAAGUGUAACCACUGGGUGCACGCCAAGUGUGAGGGACUGUCAGACGAACUGUAUGAGAUCCUGUCCAGUCUCCCGGAGAGCGUGCUCUAUUCCUGCCGGCCCUGCAGCGAGGGCCAGCCCAGCCCGUGGAGGGAGGCUCUGAGCUCGGAGCUGCAGGCCGGGAUCAAGAACGUGCUGCUGGGCCUGCUGAGCUCCAGACUGACCCUGCACAUGCUGCGCUGCAGAGAGUGCUCGGAGGUGACGGAGUGUGACAGCGGCUUCGAGGGCAGCCUGGCCUGUGACCUGCAGGCGGUCGGCAAGAAGUUUGACAAGGGCCUCUACACCUCCGUGAAAGCUUUCCACGAUGACGUCGUCCAUGUGAUCCAGACACACCUCGAGGAAGAAGCGAAACUCCUGCCGGAAGAGAGAAGGACUUCACUGGCCAGAUCCUUCUAUCUGAAGCUGUUGGAGAGUUUUUUUGGCUGGUUUAAUGCCCAGGAUCCCAAAGCGUGGGACCCCUGUUCCAGGACCCUCCCAAAUGGCAUUCUCCCGAACGCAGUGCUCCCCCCCUCCGCGGAGCACGUGUACGCGCAGUGGAGGGAGCGCGAGGGCCAACGCAUGCCCGCGGAGCCCCGAGCCGCUGCACCGGAUCUCAAGCCAGACUCGACAAGCGAGCCACAGUGGACAACCCUGCACAGGUCCGAGGGCAGGGCGGCGAAAGACAAGCCCAGAGGGAGGAGAGGACGCCCCCCUCUCGUUGAGCCCGAUACCAGCUGGAGCAAAGAGGACCAGAGGCAGUGCUGUCUGUGCCUGAAGUACGGGGACGACCGAGCCAACGAUGCGGGCCGGCUCCUGUACCUGGGCCAGAAUGAGUGGGCUCACGUGAACUGCUCCCUGUGGUCCGCGGAGGUGUUUGAGGAGGAGGGCGGCGCGCUGAUGAACGUGCACGCGGCCGUCGCUCGUGGGAGGCAGAUGCGUUGUGAGAAGUGCCACCAGCCAGGUGCCACGGUAGGAUGCUGCCUGACCUCCUGCCAGGGCAACUACCACUUCAUGUGCGCCCGCUCCCGGAACUGUGUCUUUCAGGAGGACAGGAAGGUGUACUGCCAGCGGCACCGGGAACUCACCAGCGGCAAGACUGUCUCGGGCGAGGGUUUUCAGGUGCUGCGCCGCGUCUACGUGGAUUUUGAUGGGAUCAGCUUAAAGAGGAAGUUCCUGACUGGCCUGGAACCCGAGUCCAUCAACAUGAUGAUCGGCUCUCUGCAUAUUGACAACCUGGGCGUUCUGACAGAGCUGUCUGUCUACCAGGGGAAGCUGAUUCCAGUCGGAUACCAGUGUUCACGGUGGUACUGGAGCACGCUGGACCCCAGGAGGCGCUGCAAGUACACCUGUCGAGUGACGGAGGUCCGACCGCCAGCCGUGGAGAAGCCAGUGGAAGAGACUCCGGAGCAGGGAGACAACCACACCAUUGCACACAGCCCCAGUGCAACCCCAGAUCCAGCGCCUGAGAGAGAGAUGCCCCCGCCCGUGGAGACUCCGUCAAGCCCGCUGGCUCCGGUUUCUAAACCCGAGUCUGGGGCUCGUAUUAAAAUCGCCGGCUACUCCCAGACCCGCCGUCCAGCUGGGGGGCUCUACCGGCCCCUUCCGUCGCCAGGGAGUGCCCAAUCCAAGUCCCAUCAUAUCCCAACCGUCAGCGACCUGGACGAAACGACCAUAACCAGGCGGCCGCGAAGACACAGCCCGCUCUCCCACCACGCUGCGCCCCGUGGCCGCAUGGCCUCCCCGCCUUUAGGAGGCAGCACCCCUCACUCCUCAGGACCCAUAACUCUCAGGGCAGGGGCUUUGCACUCUAAAGCUGCCGGUCUAUCCCCUUACGAGAGUCCCGUUACCUCCCCCCAGUCCCGUUCCGGCAGUCGCUCUGCCUCCUCCAUGAUUGUUUUGGGGUCUACAGCGACUGCUGUUUCUGCCCACCUGUCUACCUCAGAGUCUCCCCUCCACGGCUGGCAGGGCGGCAGUCCCAAAGCCGGGGGCGGUGGCUUGUGUUUCUCCCCCCUGGGUCCUGGAAGCCAGCUCCCCAAACCGAAGCCCUUCGACUCGGAGUUCGGGAUCCUCCACCAGGAUUCCCCGGAGGUGCCCCACGACUUCCUGGAGCCCUCCGACACGGACCUGGCCGGAGCCAACGGCUCUGCCUCCUCUCCGGACCACGCUGGCCCCGGGCAGGAAGCGCGGAUCGUCUGCGAGCAGGACUUCCCCUACGCUCCCCACUUUGACGUGGAGUCUGUCCUGAACGUGGCCGGAGACCUGGAGUUUGACGAGAGCCUCCUGAACGACGACCUGGCCUUGCACUGCGGGGCCCACAUAGUGGUCGGGGAGGUGGCCGAGAACCAAGACCCCGGUUUCGGUAGCAGCUGCACCGGCGCCGGCAGCAACCAAAAACGAGCGCUCAUCAGAGCCAGACCGCAGGGGGGUGCAGAGGACUGGGGGAACUCUUCUUCCGAUGAGGACAUGGAUAACUAUUACGACUUCACCCGCACCGUGGUUGCCCACGGGCCCGCUAGGGAGGCCGGGGAGGCGGCGGCUGCAGCAGAACCCCCAUCUCGAGGGGCUAUCGGCCAGCUGGAUGGCGUGGAUGACGGUACGGAAAGUGACGCCAGCGUGGCCCCCGCGACCGACGCAUCUAAAACCUCCAAGACCGUUGUCGGGUCUUCUGCGGAACAGAAGGCACCUGGGCUGGCCGGGUUUUCAGAUGAUGUGGAAACGUCUUUUCAGCCCAGCAACGGGCUGGAGAAGGAACAACAGUGCGGAGAGCCCCAGUGUCUGACGUCUACCGUGAGCACGACAGCAGCGCUGGUGGUAUCGAUGGAAGCUGCUGCAGAGACACCUGAUCACUUGAAGGCUGCUCCUCCAGGCACGGCAGUGUCCGAGGAGGUUGCCUCCCAUCCCAAGCUGGACGGUCCCUCCAGCGCAGAGGUCUGCGGAAUGGACCCGGCUCAGGAAAGCAGCCCUUCGUCCUCCGAAGCUCCCAGCAAGGCUUUGGAAGCUCCAGUCCUUGGUGAUUCCAUGUCUAAGGAAGCACCGUCGGAGAGCGUUGAUCUUCAAACCUCAGCUAAGGCUCUGGCACCUUUGGAUUCCUCCUCCUCCUCCUCCUCCUCCUCUCUGCUUCCAGAAGCUCCAAAGGAUGUUUUUCUGGAUCCCAGCAGUGGACACUUUGUCUCUGCGGAGGACGGCUCCCUGGUGUCUUUCGAAACGUCUGAGUGCAGCGCUUCAUUGUCGCUUGGAGCAGAUUGCUCGGACCCUCCUAAAGAUGGCAGUCUCGCCUGCGUGCAGCUUUCUGUGGCGCCCCCUGAAGCAAGUAGUAGCAGCAGCAGUGUCCCAGUUACACAGCUCUCUGCAGAAGCUCCUAAAACCACCCAUGUUACAGCCACUGCCCCUCUUAAAAUCAGCACGGGACCAGUUACACAGGCUUCAUCCGUCCUUCCAACAACAACAGCAGCGUCAGUAGUGCCCCCUGGUAGGGCGACCCAUGCCCCGAUAAUACUGGGUUCGAAAGACCAUCUGAAACCCGUGCCUGCGAUACGCGCCCUUGUGACUCCUCCUGCCCCCCAAACCACGCUGCCCCUGCAGUCUCAGCUCCCCAGAGGUCUGGCUUGCGUUUCCACUGCCAGCUCAGUUACCCUGGCGUCGUACAGCCAGCUGUCUCUGCCCAUCUUCUCCUCCCAUUCUGUGCCUCCAGGGACCCCAGCUGUUACCAUCGUUUCAUCGGCCCACGCGGGAGUCCAGAGCCCGGAAGUGAAGAGAAGGGAGGUAGCGCUCUGCCAGCCCGUCAGGCCCGCCGCUCCCAUAUUGAUUAAUGGCUAUGGCUCCGCUGUCCCAGUUUCCAGGGAGCAGCAGCAGCCGGCUCCGGCUCCUAGAGGCAGAGUGAUCUCCCUGAACCUCAGCACCCCGCAGCCCCAAGCCGCGGCCCCCACGCUAUCGGGGCACACCCUGCUCACGGUGAGGGAGGUGGGGGGCCAGAACCCAGACGGCAACCCUCAGGUUCUGCUGGUCAACAAGUUCGGCCAGAUCUUUGUGAAGAACCCCACCGACAACACUUUCCAUCUCCCCGGGGCCAACUCACCCUCCCUCAGCUUCAUCGGGCAGAUCAAGUCCCUGCUUCAGAGCAACGCCCUCGCCAGCACUCUGGCGGCUUCUGGGAACCUCUCCGCCAUGGGGGGAGGCCAGGCCGCCCACCACAGCCCUCUUUCCCCAGUGGGGUUCGGAGCUGCAGCUGCCCCAGCUGCUGUUGCUGCUUCUAGCUCCCCCCUGGUGCAGCACCUCGCAGCAGGCCAGGGCCCCGCGACUCGGUACAUCGCGUACUCCAGCAGUGGUGGCGGGGCGCCCAGCAUAGAGAACCUCCAAAAGGCGCAGAAGCAGCCCAAAAAGAAAAGGCUGUCCCCGUUAAAGGCUUCGGUCUGUCUUAAAAAAACAGCGUCGGUCUCCGUCUGCCAGUCCAACUUGGGGCAGCUCUACGUCCAGUCUCAGCCGACUCCGCCCCCCGGCCCUGUCGGGGUUCCCUCGUGGACCGCCCGUGACCCGAUGAUGAACCUGCUGCCCGCGGUCAAUCUGGUGGCUGGCAGGAGCACUGGGAUGUGGAGCCCGCCUCCGCCCAGCAUGGCACCCAACGUGGGACCCCGCAUCCUGAGUGCGACCUCCAGCUCGGGACCUCACUUCAGGGUCCCUCCAGCCCUGAGCCGGGCCAACACGCUCAACCCCUCGGCCCCCGGGUUGCUGGAGCCAGUACCCUUUGCGCUCGCUGCCCUCCAGAGGCCUCGAACCCAAGUUCGCAUCAAGAGGGUCUCGUCACUGUCGGACCGCAAUGCCAUCAAGAAGUCCAAGAUUGAUCUGGAAGCUGUGGAGAGAGCUGGCUUGCUGGACACCCAGCAUGCUGUCAGUGGCUUCACAGCCUCCAGUAAACUGUGCAGAGUCCGCAUGAAGACCCCCACGGUGAAAGGUGUGCUGGAUUUGGACAAGCCCAGAGAGGAGAGGCUUAGUGACUUGAAGAACAUGGGACCUGCACCUUGGGACUCCAUCUCUGCCCGGCUCCCUGAUCCCAAGAACGAGAGGCUGAGGGACUGGCAUGGAGUGGGAAGAAGUUCCCUGACGGACUGGACUAAAUACUCUGGCACCGUGCCGAGCUCCGAUGAGGAGGGUCUCUUUCCCGAACCCGAGGAGGAGGAGGGGGUGUCGGCAAAGGACCGGCCCCACCUCCGCUUCGAGAUCAAGAGUGAAGAUGGCUUUCACAUCCAGGCGGACAGCAUCGAAGUGGCCUGGAGGGCGGUGGUGGACCGGGUGCAGGAAGCCAGAGCCGCUGCCAGACUCAAGCAGCUCUCCUUCGCAGGGGUGAGCGGGGUGCGGAUGCUGGGAAUGCUUCACGACGCCGUGCUCUUCCUGGUGGAGCAGCUGUUCGGUGCCAAUCUCUGCUCCCGGCACAAGUUCUGCUUCCACAAGCAGGAGGACCUGGAGGAGGAGCUGCCCAUCAACCCCAGCGGCUGUGCCCGGGCCGAGGUGUACCUCAGGAAAUCCACUUUCGACAUGUUUAACUUCCUGGCCUCCCAGCACCGGCAGCUCCCGGACAUCGUGGCCUGCGACGAGGAAGAGGACGAGGUUCCUCUCAAGUCCACCAGGCGGGCCACCAGUCUGGAGCUCCCGAUGGCCAUGAGGUUCCGGCACCUGGAGAGGACUUCGAAGGAAGCCGUGGGAGUGUACAGGUCUGCUAUCCACGGGCGCGGUCUCUUCUGCAAGCGCAGUAUCGACGCCGGGGAGAUGGUGAUAGAGUACUCGGGAAUCGUCAUCCGCUCCGUGCUGACGGACAAACGAGAGAAAUACUACGACAGCAAGGGGAUUGGCUGCUACAUGUUCCGCAUCGACGACUUCGACGUGGUGGACGCCACGAUGCACGGCAACGCGGCGCGCUUCAUCAACCACUCCUGUGAGCCCAACUGCUACUCGCGGGUCAUCAACGUGGAGGGCCAGAAGCACAUCGUGAUCUUCGCUCUGCGCACCAUCUACAGGGGAGAGGAGCUCACCUACGACUACAAGUUCCCCAUCGAGGACGCCAGCAGCAAACUGCACUGCAACUGUGGGGCCAAGCGCUGCCGCCACUUCCUCAACUAGCAGGACAGCGAGACUCCCAGAGAGGGGUGGAGUCCAGGGAGGGACGGGAACAGAGACUCCCAGAGAGGGGUGGAGUCCAGGGAGGGAUGGGGGAACAGAGACUCCCAGAGAGGGGUGGAGUCCAGGGAGGGACAGGAACAGAGAACUCCCAGAGAGGGGUGGAGUCCAGGGAGGGAUGGGGGAACAGAGACUCCCAGAGAGGUGUGGAGUCCAGGGAGGGACGGGGAACAGAGACUCCCAGAGAGGGGUGGAGUCCAGGAAGGGAUGGGGGAACACAGACCCUAGUUGGGGUUCAGGGUUCAUAGUGUAGAGGUUAAGACAGACCCGCCCCGCCCCCGCCACCCCCCCCCCAACAAUGUGUCGUCCCCGUACCCCUCGAUACCAAGUGAUUUUAAUCCUCCACUAUCCCAAAAAAGUGUACCACAGUGCCACCCCGAGGUGGGUCUGAAGCAAAACCUCCUUGGGUGUUUUUAAUGGGGGAUUUGGGUUCUGCUUUGAAUUGGUCAAAAAGAGGGGAUUUUAUUGUAGUGAUGGGUUACGCUGGUCCUGGGUGAAAACUCAAGCUGUAUAAAACUGGGAGGGGAAUACAAAUGAACCCGAGACUAGACCGUUCUGCUCUUGGGAUGCUUUACUCAUUACACGGGUUCACAGGUGCUAGAAACUUUUUGGGGGUCAGUUGUCUGUCCAGAUUGCAGGACAUGCCCUUAGUUUGUGAUCAUGUCCUCCCGUACAUGGGAAGACUUCUUUCUUUUGAAGUUGUCGCGUGGGUUUUGCGACUCUGUUCUGAACGCACGCCCCUCCUGACUGCCUGACGCAGCGGCGGCUCCUGCUUUCAGCCUCUCGUUUGGUCCUCUUAGCGGGGGGAAGGGGAGUGCUGGCUGGUUUUACACACCCGGACUGAGUGUUUUAGGGUCUGGAUUUCAAUAACUUAAGACAACAGAAACUGUUCCAGUAUUGGUGCUAAUCGAGGGGGGCUGCUGUGAAAGCAGACGGAAGUGUGUUUCGCCCCCUGCAGGCACUCAAGUCCUUACUUUCAUUAUUGCUCAUGUUAAUUUGACAGGCCCUUUUGCGCUGUUGCUGUUUCUCCACAGAAAGGCCCGCCUUUGGUGCUCUCAGCAAAAACAACCACCUUUUAUAAAGCACUUGCAUUGUUCUCAGCAUCGGUUAUUAUUAGUGUUGAAGGAAAGCCCACAAUGGCUUGGUUAGAUGUUUGGUACUGUGUCUGUUAGCGUGAUUCUCGGGGGUAUUGUAAGGGUGUGCUGGGUCUCGUUCUUCAUUCUUGCUCACCUAGCUAAAAAAGCCACUGCCUGGUGAAAGAUGGUGCUAAGCUUGCUCACUGUGUAUCUCUCUUUCUCCCUCCCCAAACCGGACUGACUGCUCUUGACACUAAAGCAUGUUGGAUUUCCAUGGAGAUACUUUGAGUUUAACUGGCUGACGCUCUCUUCUGAUGGCAGCUUUUUUGAUAAUCAGCCUGUUUUUUGUGUUUUGUAUUCCCUCUCCUAAACCAGGGUUGGAAUGUGAGCUGACUCUCUCUCUCUGUAGAGAGUCACCUUUUUUAUUUAAAUUUUUUGGGUUUUUUUUUAUGAUAUGUAAAUAGCAUUUACAAAUUUAACUAAACAAAAUGUUCACAGUUUUUUGUUGUGGAUUUACAGCUCGGGACAUUCUGCGCUGAGAUUAUGAGAAUUCAAAGGAGUGAUUUUUUUUUUUUUUAUUACAUUUUUUUGUGUUGCUGUUGAAAAAAAAAAUACAACUUGAGUAGUUGGUGAUUCUGUCAGCGGAGUUGUACCUGGCCUUUGAUCCCUUUCUCUGCUUCUUGCAAUGUUUUCUUGGCACAGACAGUAGAGUCUUGCACAGCAAUAUCAGGAGACGAGAGCGUGAUGUUUUAUUUUUUUUUUUUUUUUUUUUUUUGCAUCGGUCAGGGAAGAGGUUUAUGUUUUAGAUUACCACUGAUUUCAGACCCUUGAUUUUAAAACACCUUCCCUUCGUUUUAACCCCUUCCCUGGAAGGCGCUGGGGCAGGACUUCCCUGACGGUGCCCCCCUCUCCCUCCCCGGGUUAAGAACAGCCUGUGGUCAGAGCGGUGCACCUGGAGGUGACUCCCUCGUGAAAGACCCUACCUCAAUACCCAACGACGAGCAGGGCACAGGGCUGCCAGAGCUGUGUGUCUGUGCAUUGAAGGAAGUGAAUCACUCGUUAUGUGCUGAAACACACACACACACACACAUAGGUCCAUAUGUCAAGACACAAGAUGUGUGGCUAAGUUUCAUUUUUAAACAACAAAACGUUUUUGUGAACUGGCUGUUACCUUGUAUUAAAAUAAAACCUCUGGUUUUGUACAUAGUUGUAUAAAUAUUUCUAAACCCGUUUACUUUUUCUAUGCACUUUUUUUUUAUUUAUGACGUCAUUUGCCCAAUAAAGAUGUUAAGAUGUUUGAAGACAGUUAA